CGUAUGUCGAUCGUUUGGGUAUGAGUUAUCGUCUUGUUGGGAAGACAUUUAUUAUCCAGCUCAGUAUCUGUUGCUUGCUUGCGAAUGUGAAUAAGUUUCAUUCGGCAAUCAAACGCUAGGUGCUUGCUUCGCAGAAUGAGAUUCUUCGUGAUUUGGUUUGGUCUUUGUUGUUGCUGGACGAAUUGGUCUCGGGCCUUCAGCCAGCCCAACGUGCUAUUUUUAAUGAUUGAUGAUUUGCGCCCAGCUUUGGGCGUGUACAGAGACGCCUUGGCUGUGACGCCCAAUCUGGAUUUCUUGGGAUCGAAAAGUGUGGUCUUUGAAAAGGCCUACGCUCAACAGGCUCUGUGCGGCCCAAGUCGAAUUUCAAUCAUGACCUCAAGACGACCCCAUUCAUUGAGUAUUUAUGGAAUGGGAACGUAUUGGAGAGACCAGACUGGCACCAAUUUUACGACGUUGCCGCAAUUCUUCAAGAGUCACGGUUACGAGACCAUUCCAUUGGGAAAGAUAUUUCAUGGGAACAUGUUGGACCAACCAUAUAGUUGGUCCAGACCCACAAAUAUGUUCUUUAACGAAGCUAAACAUCACAUGGGAUUUUGCCGAAAACCGGGGUUCAGCAAUUUGAUUUGCCCCGUUGACACAGAAGAAAUGGAACUGGAAGGUGUUCAUUUAAUUGAUCGGAAAAUCCUACAUACUGCCAAAAACUAUUUGAUUCAUUACAACAAGCGAGUUGUUGCGAAUCAGAGCGGUCCUCUUUUCCUUGCUAUUGGGUUUCAUAAACCACAUAUUCCUUGGAUAGUUCCACAAGAGUUUCCGGACAUUUUCUCGGUCGAGGAUAUUCCUAAGGUCCAAUACAACAUGAGAAGUCCCUCCACACCCAUGUUUGCUUAUUCAGAUUACGGAUUGGCCACCUCAUACCCCGAGUUCCGUCUUUUCAACAUGACGAAUCCAAUGAGGCCAAUGAGUGAGGACUUUCGAAUCCAGGCUACCCAAUAUUAUUAUGCUUGUGUUACGUACAUAGACAACCUGGUCGGUCAGCUCCUUGUCAUGUUGGAUCAGAACCACAUGCUUGAUGAUACCAUUAUCAAUGUUAUCAGUGACCAUGGUUUUUCUUUGGGAGAAAACGGCGAACUUGCCAAACAUUCGAAUUUCGAAGUAGCUACUCGAGUACCAUGGAUGAUAUAUGAUCCCUUACACACAUCAGCCUCACUCUCAGGUUUCAAGUUGAAACCGCCAUCAAAGAUAGCAGAUCCGUCAGCCAGUCUUCCUGUGCCUUACAAAACCAUUCAUGAUCCGGUAGAACUUGUUGAUGUGUUCCCAACACUAACAGAGUUGGCAGGGUUGGGACAAAUCGAGAAAUGCAAUCAGUCACCACUUGACAAGGCUUUAUGUUCGGAUGGCGUGUCUCAAGCUCGAGUUGUAAUUAAUGAAAAUCCAAAGACUCGUUCAUUUUCGUCUCGGUCAGCUGGUGUGAGGUCAGCAGCCUUUAGCCAGUUUCCAAGAAAACAUCUGAACAUGGUGGAAUGUCCUUCCAAAUUCGAAUUCAUUUCUGCCAUGGGAUAUUCAGUGCGCACCAACGAAUUUCGAUAUACCGAGUGGAACGCCUGGGAUAAUGAGCUGGGAAGACCCAAACGGGACCAAAUCUUGGGAAAGGAGCUCUACGACCAUCGCGAAAACAACUUUGAGCACGAUAACUUGGCGGAACACAGAUCAUUCGAUGACGUCGUGAGAAAUCUUAGUGCCUUGAUAAAGAUCACCUACGGGGUGUAGCAUACUUGUAAUAUCGAUGUGUGUGAUCCGACCUGUUUUCCUUAUCACCGAAGCGGUUUGAAACACAUGAC